GAUUAGGUCCAGUGGACUACACCCAAGUGCGCCCGCUCUACCAAAAAAAAACCACAACACGUUAUUCUUUUUUAUAUCACAGUUCGCUGGAACUCCAGGAAGACGACCGAAGCCCAAGCCCCCCCAUCCCCCUUCUUUCCGGCGUUGAGGCAGAAGAGAGAUGGCCGCGCCGCUGCAACGAAGGAGCCUCUCCUUAGCUCGUCUACUUUUCUUCCGCUCCUCUCACCUCUCACAGUCGAGAUCGCUCGCUUCUGAUGCCCUCGUCGAACGAAAGCCCGGGGAGAUUGGAAUCAUCUCCGGGAUUCCUCAAGAACACCUCCGCCGCAAGGUCAUGAUCUAUUCACCAGCUCGGACUGCAAGUCAGCAAGGUUCUGGAAAAGUUGGAAAGUGGAAAAUCAAUUUUAUGUCAACCCAGAAGUGGGAGAAUCCAUUGAUGGGCUGGACUUCCACAGGUGACCCAUAUGCUAAUGUGGGUGAUGCAGCUCUCAGUUUUGACAGUGAAGAAGCUGCAAAAGCAUUUGCUGAGAAGCAUGGAUGGGACUAUGUGGUGAGGAAGCGUCAUACACCUCUAUUGAAGUUAAAGUCUUACGCAGACAAUUUCAAGUGGAAGGGCCCCCCAAAGAGUGAUGAAGAAUAAAAACCACUCUCAGUUGUGAGGACAAAAUCCUGAGAGAUUUGGUUCUUGCUCUUUUUUGAUUUUUCAAUGUAGUUGGGCUUCUGAUUUCUCUUUUGCGUCCAAACUGAAUGCAUGCAAGUCAGUCAACAAUGUGAGCUCUGGCACAUCUAAUGAUAAAUAAAAUUAAAUUAAACUCAUUUCAUUUC